AUGGUCACCCACACUGGCCUUAAAGCUCAUAAAUGUGACAUCUGUUCAAAGCAGUUCUCACAGAAGUCUUCCCUUGUCACCCACAUGAGGUUCCACGCUGGACUGCGCAACUUUAAGUGUACAAUCUGUGAUAAAACAUUCACCCAGUCUUCCCAUCUCAGGACCCAUGAGAAAGGAGUCCACAAGAAAGAGCGAGACCAUAAAUGCAAACUGUGUGGAAAGGGCUACCUUAAUUCAGGGCAUCUCCGCGAACACAUGCGAUCACAUACGGGAGAGAAACCGUAUGUCUGUGCAGUGUGCAAGAGGGGAUUCACAAGAUCACAUUGUUUGAAGUCACAUAUGCUAGUGCACACAGGAGUGAAGUCCUUCAAGUGUGACGUGUGUAGCCUCUCCUUUGCUCAUGCCAAUACCCUGAAAGUUCACAUGAGAACGCAUACCGGCGAGAAGCCUUAUACUUGCGACCAGUGUGAUGCAGCAUUUGGUCGAUACGACAGUUUACAGCAACACAAGCUGUCACACACAGGGGAAAGGCCAUUCUCUUGUACUGUGUGUAGCAAAACAUUCCAAACAAACUCAGGUUUGAAGUGUCAUAUGUCUGUGCACACGGGUCAGGUCUUCAGGUGCGAUGUCUGCGACAAGACGUUUGCAUCACAACAAACCUGCAAGGAGCACCAGAGGACUCACACAGGAGACCUGCUGCAGUGUGGUCAGUGUGACAAGACUUUCACAAAUAGGUCAUCACUGAAGAGGCACAAACUGACUCAUUCUGAGGCACAGUCCCUGGAGUGUGAGAUAUGUGGCAAAGUUAUGUCCGGACUGUCUUCAAUGCAUAAUCACAUGAAGCUGCAUAAGGAAAAGAAACAUAAGUGUGCCGAAUGUGGUAAGAUGUUUCACAAAGCUGCGAGUCUCAGAGCUCACAGGUACAAGCAUAAUCCCGAGGACAAGCCAUACACAUGUGAUGUUUGCGGGAAGGCGUUUCCGCUCGCAAGCACCCUCAAGGUGCACAAGACCACACAUCUUGAUAAGCUGCCCUUCCAUUGUCACUUCUGUCAGAAAGGAUUCGCUCAGAAAUCCAACAUGAAGAAACACAUUAAGGUGUGCCAUGAAGAUGAGACGAAAUCGUCAGCAUCUGAGGAACUUGAUGAAGGGGCCGUGCUAGAUGAUGAAUCUGACUCCCAGUCCGUCAUGGGGGAAGAAGAGACAGAAGAAGUGACAGAAGAAGAGACAGAAGAAGCACCGGGUAACAUUUAG